AUGGAAGCGCGGAGGGUCAGAAAGCUUCCAAAUUAUCAGUUUUUAGGGGCAUUCGCUUACUGGCUUUUCCGAGUUGAUUGCUCAGAUGUUGAUCAGUUGGGGCCAAAUGUGCAAAAUGCAUUGCACCGCCCCUGUCGUAAUGCGAAAGUCUUGCCAAUCAUUAAGCAGACGGUCAGCGCCAAUAAUACUAGGGGGGUAUCACGAAGUAUCUUUGUUCAGCGCUGGGGCAUCCAAGAGAUUAGGUCCAUACAUCGCUUGACUGCUGGUAUUUUCACUGGGAUAGAAUAUGUUGGAUGGGAAUUCAGCGGCACGCCGCAUCUCCGGUUUUGUAAGCAAAUAUUCACUCGGCUCAACUUCGGCUCAGUCGGCAGCUAUCAGAUUACACCCACUGCUCCGGAUACUUUGGGCUCACCCUUCUAUCCAAACUCCAAUGGGCUACGCGGUGAGGAUGGCAGCAAUGGCCCAGAAAUAGGCCAUUUUAUGGGAUGUAACAGAACUGGGUCACUCAUGCAGGACGGCCAUACAAAGGCUAGUUCAAGUUUCUGGUAUUAA